AUGGAAGGCAAGAAUGCUGUCUUCCAAAAGCUCAAACCACCUUGCGUGGCUCUCAGUCAGGCCGCGCUGGCUCUAAGCGGUCCACAAGGUGAUCAACAGGCCGUCACCAGCCGACUCGAGACCCUGAAAUACGAGCUCUCGUCGGCAACAUCACCACCAAGCACUCUCGAUCCGAAGCUCGCCGAAUAUGCCUUCUUUCCCAUCUCGCAGGUGUUGAAAGUCAGCCACAAGGUGUCACUUCGCGCGCUCGAGCUCGCCAUCCAGUGCAUCGCCAUUUUGGUCGACCAGGGAUGGCGAUCAAAAGUGCCCGCGCAACUCGCUGCGCAGCUCAUCAUCCUCUGCACCAUGCUGGCCGAAAAGAACCCGAAAGGUCUUGGCCUCGCGGAGUCAACUCCCGACCUGCGUGCUGGUGGUUUCUGGUGUCUGCAGCAUCUCUUCUCGGUCAUUGAACUCGGAUCGGAGUCUCAUUCACUGCUCACCGACGAAGCAAACAUUCCGCAGCUGGGACAGACUAUCUCGGUGGCUCUCGAGGGCAUCUAUGAUGGUAUCGAUGCGGAAGUCCAGCUCGCGGCUAUGCAUGCUCUGGAAGCACUGGUCUUGCACGUCUUGGAUCGAGAGAUCCAAGCCAGUUUUCUCCCGGGCAUCGUCUCGAAGCUGACCCGGGUCCUGACGCCGCAAACGAAGCAAAGGCGCAAUCAUCGAGUGUUGACCGGAUGUCUUGGUAUAUUGGGCACCUUGUUACAAAACACCUUAACUAUCGUACCCUCGCCCUCGCAUGCCAGCGACCGACCGAAAGUCAAAAGUGUCGUCGAUGCAGAAUGGCAAGCACAGGCUGCUACACAGCUCAAGCCUGCUCUUACGAGCAUCUUCAAACUCAAGUCCCAUAGCAGGACGGAUGUACAAGAUGCACUCGGCAGACUCUAUGGCCUCCAUAUCCUCGACCUCGACAUAUUGAUUACCACCGAUCAGUUUGUUGCGGGAUUGUUGCAAACAAUCUUGUUUGACUGGAUGCAAUCCCUUCCAACAAUAAUGCAAGGCUCGGAUGAGCAGGCAAAGAUUUCCAGAAUGUCUCGGAUCCAGGCAGGCUAUGACCUUCUCAUCAAGGGCGGAGUCAGCACCGUCACGAUGGAUCAAAUGCUUGCAAACAUUCUGCGCGACAGCGUAGCCGUAACACUGACUCUGUCGGGCGUUAAGCAUCGGACCGCGCCGAUCACAUCGGUCGUUCAGUCUUCAGACCUCGACAUGAUGCGAUUGCAGCAAGGCUCCACCAGCUUCACAACACCGUUGAUUCAGUACAGAGGUCAAGCAGACACCAUCCAGGCCGUCCAACGGUUCGCUCGCCUAAUCGGAUCAUCAUCCCGCUCAUCAAGCUUCGCCACGGACCUCGCAAGAUCAUUACGACAGUCCGACGGCAAAGCACAAGUAGCGAAUCUCUGGUUACUUCUCACUGCCACUGAGAGCGCUCUUGAAGACCGCCGCGGAGGUGUUGAGGACUUGCUUGAUGUCGACGAAGCAGACACCUCAUCAUAUCACAUUUUCCUAGAAGAAUUAUACUCCUUCUCGCUGUCACUCCUGUCCGACUCCAGCGACGAGCCACCAGACACACAGCUACAAGCUCUUGCUCUGCGCGCUCUAGCCCUUCGCGCUCGAAUCGCCGGCAAGGACUUUCGCUACGAGCUUGUCGAUGCUCUCUACCCUGUCCUACACACGCUCGCAACUCCCGAUGAGGAUCUCCAGCAGGACAGCAUAACAACACUGAACAUCUUCACUUCUGCUUGCGGAUACAAGUCCGUCAAAGACCUGGUGGUGGAGAACGUCGACUAUCUCACCAAUGCCGUCGCGCUCAGACUCAACGCCUUCGACGUCUCUCCUCAAGCCCCACAGGUGUUACUGAUGAUGGUGCGACUGGCGGGUCCGAGUCUGUUGCCAUAUCUGCAGGAUUCGGUCGAGAGCAUUUUUGCGGCUUUGGAGGACUAUCACGGGUAUCCGCUGCUGGUGGAACUGCUGUUCAAGGUGUUGGCUGUGAUAGCCGAAGAAGGCGCAAAGGCACCGCAGCUUGCGAUUAUGAACGUUGAGACGACAAUUCCCGGGUCUAUGUUUGAGGAGCGAUGGCAGCCGACGACUGUGUUUGGUCUCGCAAAUUUACUCCGGGAGCAUGCCAAAGAAAGAGCAGAGCAAAAGCGAGCUUCUGAUGAAUCACCUCAAACACAUCCAAGGCGUCCUUGGAAGGACAUAGACGACAUAGAUAACGAUGCGGCAGACCAGGGGAGCGAAUCUCCGGAACAGCAGAUGGUGGACGCUGCCGAACUCCCGCCUCCGACACCAAGGACGUAUAACCUGCUCUUCAAGAUCGCCGAGCUGACCCGGCACUUCUUACCGUCGGCAUCCCCUUCUUUGCGCACCUCUCUACUCUUCCUCGUCCGGACAACAGUGCCGGCGAUUGCCAAACACGAGAACUCGUUCCUGCCGCUCAUUAACACGCUCUGGCCCGAGAUUGUUUCGCGAUUGGACGACGCCGAGACUCAUGUUGUCUGCGCGGCGUUGGAAGUUGUGAGUGUGCUUUGCGAACACGCCAGAGACUUUAUGCGCUCGCGUAUCACUCAGCUUUGGCCGAGACUGGUCGAAAUACAUCACGGCAUGGCAAAAGACGAAGGAUCUGGAAGAGCACCCAAGUCCACUGGCCUCGCAAGUCUAAGUCUACACAGCUCGAUGCUCGCACCUAGUGGUGGCCCCAUCAAGGGUGCUGUAUCCCAUGCACACCCAUCCUCAAGAGGCUACGACGAUACAUCUGUCCGUCUACUCCGGGAAGCUCUCGUCGAUUGCGUCACCAGCAUUGUGAAGUCAGUCCAGAUCAAUCCGGACGUUUUCGACGAGGCCGUGGAGUUGGUGGGAUUCGCUUUACAGCAGGAGAAGGUUGAAGCGGUGUUUGUGGAGGAAAACAGUGAUGCUGUUUGGCUUGCGCGGUUGAGGCAUGGCAGGGUGCACAAGCCGCAACUGCCACAAAUGAUCGGAAAAGGGCGUUGGAGGUUCGCUGACGUGUGCAUAUAA